GAGCGAGGGCUCGGUGCGCGCCAGCCCCACCAGGCGAAGCCAGGCGACCCCCGUGCCAUGGCCUCGAUCAUGGGAGCCUAUCCUUGGCCCGAGGGACUCGAGUGUCCUCCUCUGGAAGCCGAGCUGUCGCCGCCGUCCGCCCCGAGGCCCUCAGGGGACAAGGGGCCCGAGAGCCGAAUCCGGCGGCCCAUGAACGCCUUCAUGGUGUGGGCCAAGGACGAGAGGAAGCGGCUGGCGGUGCAGAACCCGGACCUGCACAACGCUGAGCUCAGCAAGAUGCUGGGAAAGUCGUGGAAGGCACUGACACUGUCACAGAAGCGGCCGUACGUGGACGAGGCCGAGCGGCUGCGCCUGCAGCACAUGCAGGACUACCCCAACUACAAGUACCGGCCUCGCAGGAAGAAGCAGGCCAAACGCCUGUGCAAGCGCGUGGACGCCGGCUUCCUCCUGAGCUCCCUCGCCCGAGACCAGAACGUCCUGCCCGGCAAGAGCCCUGGCAGCGCGGGGCCCCUGGGGGAGAAGGAGGACCGGGGUGAGUACUCCCCGGGCGCCGCUCUGCCCGGCCUCAGGGGUUGCUACCAAGAGGGCCCGGCCGGAGGAGUCGGGGCCCCCGGCAGCGCGGACAUCUACCCCUACGGGCUGCCCACGCCCCCUGAGAUGUCGCCGCUGGAUGCACUGGAGCCCGAGCAAACCUUCUUUUCCUCCCCUUGCCAGGAGGAGCUCGCCCACCCUCGCCGCAUGCCCGCCCUGUCCGGGUCUCCCUACCCCCCGGAGUUCACCUCCAGCCCCCUCCCCUGCAGCCACCCCCUGGGCCCCCUGGCCAUGAUGGCCACCACGCCCGGAUGCCCCCCAUCUCCUGCCUACUACCCCCCUGCCCCCUACCACCCGCUCCACCCCAACCUCCAGGCCCCCCUGGGCCAGCUGUCCCCGCCCCCUGAGCACCCUGGCUUCGACGCCCUGGACCAGCUGAGCCAGGUAGAACUGCUGGGAGACAUGGAUCGAAAUGAGUUUGACCAGUACUUGAACACUCCUGGCCACCCCGACCCGGCCAUGGCGCAGGGGUCCCUCAGUGGGCACGCACCCCUCGCCCAGGGGACUCCCUCAGGCCCCACAGAGACCAGCCUCAUCUCUGUCCUGGCCGACGCAACAGCCACAUACUACAACAGCUACAGCGUGUCAUAGAGACGGGGCGUGGGCAGGCCCCGCCGCUCCCCGCGCAAGGGCAGAGCAGAGACGGUGAAAUGUCACCACUGCCCUCCUGCCCCUGGGUGGUG